GCGGGGCGAUGGCGGCGCAGGACGUGCUGGGCCAGACCGCCCGGCUGGCCUCGUCCAGCGCCCUGCUGCAGGUGCUGUUCCGGGUGCUCACCUUCGGGCUGAACGCCUUCACCCUCCGCUACCUGUCCCGGGAGCUCAUCGGCGUGGUCAAUGUCAGGCUGACUCUGCUGUACUCCACAGUUGUCUUCCUCGCCAGGGAGGCGUUUCGCAGAGCUUGUUUGAGUGGGAGUGCCAAGAGAAACUGGACCAAAACAAUUAAUCUCUUGUGGCUGACAGUCCCUCUUGGUGUCUUUUGGUCUCUUAUCUUGGGCUUAGUCUGGCUACACUUGCUUGAAGUACCCGACCCUUCUGUGGUUCCUCACUAUCAGGCUGGUGUAGUGGCAUUUGGUCUUUCUGCCAUUAUUGAACUCCUGGGAGAGCCACUCUGGGUUUUAGCACAAGCUCAUUUGUUUGUGAGACUUAAGGUAAUUGCUGAAAGCCUUUCAGUAGUGUCAAAAUGCAUUUUGACAGUUACUUUAGUAAUCCUUUAUCCUCAAUGGGGCCUUUACAUUUUUUCCUUGGCUCAGCUUUUAUAUGUCAGUGUUCUGGUAAUGUGCUAUGGAAUUUAUUUUGUGAUGUUUCUGGGAUCUCCUGAAGCCACAAAGAAGUCAUUUCCAGUUUCUAGAGUGAAAGCUCUAUUACCUAGCUUUGUGGAGGAUGAGACCUUUGUGAACUGGAAGGAAGCACGCCUGACUUGGAGUUUCUUCAAACAAUCCUUCUUGAAACAGAUUUUGACAGAGGGUGAAAGAUAUGUGAUGACUUUUUUGAACGUGUUAAAUUUUGGAGAUCAGGGUGUCUAUGAUAUUGUGAAUAACCUUGGUUCACUGGUGGCCAGGUUUAUCUUUUUGCCAAUUGAGGAAAGCUUUUAUGUAUUUUUUGCUAAAGUGUUGGAAAGAGGGAAGACUGUAAAGGAUCAGAAGCAGGAUGAUGUUGCUAUGGCUGCAAAUGUGUUGGAAUUGCUGCUGAAACUUGUGCUCCUGAUUGGCCUCACCAUCACUGUUUUUGGCUAUGCCUAUUCUCAGCUGGCUCUGGAUAUUUAUGGGGGCUCAAUGCUCAGUUCUGGAACAGGUCCAGACCUCCUGCGGUGUUACUCGUUGUAUGUCCUGUUUCUUGCUGUCAAUGGGGUAACAGAAUGUUUUACAUUUGCCUUAAUGUGCAAAGAGGAAGUGGACAGGUACAAUUUUGUUAUGCUGGCCUUGUCUUUCAUAUUUCUGUGCAUCUCUUAUUUCCUGACCCACUGGUAUGGCAGUGUGGGCUUUAUCCUUGCCAACUGCUUCAACAUGGGCAUCAGAAUAGCUCACAGCACCCACUACAUCCACCACUACUUCAGGGAGAGCAGCCACAGACCCCUCUCAGGCCUGCUGCCCUCCCCAGCUCUGCUGCUGGUUUACACCCUCAGUGCUGGGGUCACUGCUUUCUCAGAGGUGUGGUUCUGCUGUGACAAGGGCUGGAUGGCCAGGCUGAUCCACAUCAGCACGGGUGCCCUGUGCCUUGCAGGCACCCUGGUGACGAUGUUCUGCACAGAGACCAAGCUCAUCCACUUUGUCAGGAGCCAGUUCCUCUCCCGCUAUCUGAAGAAAGGAACAUGACCUGCUCCUGUGCAGAGCAGUUCUUGUAUGUGCUUGCAGUAAAGGGCUGUGUUUUUUUCCAUGAGAUCUGUAUGGAAAAAAGGUUUCCACAUGUAUUUGGAAGCAUUGAUAAGGGAGUGGCAAUGUUGACAACUGCCACUGCAUGAAUAUUAUUUUGUCUUCUGAACUGGUCAGUACAGCAAAAGAGAGGUGAAUAAUUUUCUCUUUGUGGAUCAUUCUUGUCUAAGCUUUUCUUCAAGCAGCCUCUGAAGAUCUCAGCUGACCCCCUGACCACAACCUGGUUGACAGACUGUGUGUAGAGGGCUCCCCUUCCUGCCACUGGCCUGAUGUGGUUUAGAGGGCUCUUAUUUGGCAUGGGUGCUGCUUAAGUAGGGAGAUGGUCAGGGGAAAAAACCUCCAACCAACCAACGAAUGCCAUAAAACAACAGCAGUGUGAGUGUUGUGGAGCAGAACACAGUGUGGUGCAGGGGGAUUGAGCUGUCACUGUUUGAAGUGCAAAGUGGGGAACAGAAGGUCCUGGCGUUUACAAGUAAAUUAAUGGAACACACAGCGUGUGUCCCUGCUGGCUCUGUGAGAUUAUUUCAUUCAGCAGAUCCUUCAUGUCUGAGGGCAUUGAUUAACUUGUCAGAAAUACCCUGAAGCCUUAGCUGGAAGAGGUUUUGGGCAUUGUCUGCAGAAGGUGUUGAGUACAAUCACUGAUGGUGCAGUUCAUAAGGUUACUCAUAAAACUUCUUACUUUCAUUCCAUUGUUUUUGGGUUUGUCUGAGAUUUUAAACGCCAGCAUGAACAAAUUUAUCUCAAGAAAAAUUCUUUUGUCUGUACAACUGAAUGUUAAAUAUAUUUAAUAAGAUUUUUUACAAGGAAUUAUGCAUAUCAAAGAUGUCUUCAUUGGAUAGUAAAUACUUCCUUUUGUUCCAAUGUUUUCAUCAUGUUUUGUUUCUUUACUUGUUCUAUCUCAACCUCUGUAUUGCUUUUUUUUAAUUGAUGAAAAUUUGACAUUCAGAAGUUCUAAAAUUCCAUGUAAGGCUGCUGGUUUAGGUGUACUGAUGGCAUAUUGUAUUGCUGGUCUAAGAUCUGAACUGGGCAGUUUCAGAAGGUACAAGUGGCAGGUUUAUAAUCAUCAAUGUUCCCUUUGGAGUUUUUGGAUGGACCAAAAAAAUGUCAAGGUAUGAAAAAUGUGUGCUCAGACUUGUGCAGUUGAAAGCUUUUAGUUUAAUUAUGUAGCAGCUCUGCAGAUCCUCAGACUGCUUAAAUAAAACCCUCACUGCAAUGGCAUUGUGGAGUUCAUUCUGGUGACCUUAAUGCCCAGGCUGAAAUCUUUCUAGUGUCAGCUUGUAGUUAAGAAAUAUUUUCUAAACUCUGGUGAUUCCCAUUUGGAAAGCAUUGCCAAAGAUGCUUUCCAUGAGAAUUUGGUGAUUGAAAAAUGAUCAUAGAGGAGCCAAAAUGUGACAGUGAAGGGCAGGAGGUGGCCUUGCACAGCCAAGGGCAGUUGUCUCCGUUGCCUGGAAGGAGUAGAUGCAGUCUUGCUGAUUCUUCUUACAGCGUUUUGAAAUCUGUGAAAAUGAAACAAACUACAUUAUUCUGUCCUCUUGAUUGAAUUCAGUAGUUCUUUGCCUUUUACAUUUUUCUCUUCUGAAUGGUCCUACACCUUUUUUUCCUUUUUUUCUGUCUUGUGUGGAGUUAGUUAUGGAGUACAAUUUCAAAUAUUGCAGAGAGUUGAAACUUCUUUAUUGUGAAGGAUCAAUGCUUGCAACAGUUGCUUCUCCUUUACUUGUUGGUAGUAAAAAAAUCAAGACAAUUGAAGCUAUGGACUGUAUUUCAAGGUCUUUUCCUGUAUGCCUUUGGGAUCCUACUGUGGUAAUAUCUCAAUCUGUACAGUGAAUUUUUAUAACUCCUUGGAAUGAGAAAUUUUGUACAGCCCUGCACCUAAAGUGCUUUGGGGAUGGAAGAACUUCUCAUACCAAAUUGAAGCCUAAAGUCAUUCUGCCUUGUCUGCUCUUCCAGGCCCAGCUGUACACUGAUAUUACUUCUGCUUGUAAUCUCAUAAGUAGGGUAAUGUGAGGAGUUCUUCUUCAGUGAUGUGACCUGUGUAGUCUCAUAAAUAUUAUUUAAUAUAAAUGAAUUAUUUAAUAUAAUAUGAACUAAUUUAAAGACAAGUUACAUUUUUAUACCACUCUGUGUUAUUUCAUAUUGGAAAUAUGAUUUUUCUUAUUUCAUAUUGGCAAAAAUCACAUAUCAAAUGCUAUUUUCUAUGAAUCAGGAAGACAUUUAAGGUGACUUAAUGAUAGCUUAUUAGCAAAUUAAGGACACAUUCCUCAUUUAAACAUCAUCUGCAGGCAGCUCAGUGAUGGUUGACUGGUGUUUGUGAUACUGGAUGUUUUAUUUUUAAUGUUUUAUGUGGAGAAAACUGCAAGGACAGACAGGAAGUAGAGACCUAUGGAACUCUGCUGGUUUCUUAUUUAUCAGUGGGAUCCUUAAUGUCAGAGCUGUUAAUUGCUUUAUUGCUAAAGCAGCAAACUCUCAAACUCAGGGACAAAGUUGAGAUUGAACUUGACCACGUUUCCCUUUUGUUUUAGCCCCAUUCAUCGGUCAAAAGCACAACUGUCUAAAGUGUCUUGAAGCUGUUUUACAGUGUUUUGAAAUCUUUUAGUUUCAGCCAAAGGGGAAUGAAACAUUUUCUUUGGUGGAAAAGAUUAUGAUUUCAUGCUUUGUGGUGCAUUUUUCUUAUUUGUUGGAUGAAUGAUUUUCAAGGUAACACUAAAUAAAGUUUAUUUCCUUUA